AUGCCUUCGUCCCAGAGCGAGACGGAAUGUGCCACAAAUCUGAACAGUCUUCCUGAUGACGUUUUGCUGGCCAUUUUAAGUUUCUGUGACACCAAAAGUCUGUCAGUCUUAUCUCGCGUAAGCAAAAACCUUUAUCGUCUCUCCAAGGAUGAUUAUGUGUGGAGAAAAAUUGCUUUGCGGUGUGUGAACGUACGUCCUUCGGACCGAACGUAAGUAGAUCUGUAGUGUUUGUAAGGGUAUAACAUUACAAAAUUAAUCCCUUAAGAUAAAUAAAGAAAUAAUUUUUAAAAAUGUGUAUUUCUCAGCAAUCACAUAAAAUAAUUGUAAAAUCUUAAUAAUCAAAUGUUAGUUGCUAGUCAAUAUAUAUCUAUUCCUUCUGAAAGAUCCAGCUGCUACCAGCUACUGGAUCAAGAAACUCGCAUAUUUCAAGACCAAAGAUCAAAUUUCUUGAUUUUACACAAUUGCUUAUCAUGAUCCAGUGAUCCGUCUGGAGAGUAGCUGCUGUGCAUCCUGGGACUCACACAUGUAUAAAACUAUGAGUCUCAGGUCGAAGAUUAUGAGUCCCAGAUCCACUUAUGCUACAAAAAAACAAGGUCGGGACCACUCAAAAAAAGUUGUAUGGUACAUAUACAAUUUUUGUAAUAAAAUACUCUGGACUUUCCACAGGGUCAUAGGCACCUAUGGUGUUUAAAAAAAACCAGUAUUCUUACAAAAGCUUACGAUACCAUACAACUUUUUGGGCUGGUCAGAACCAAGUUUUUCUGCUGUGUAAACUCCACCAUCCCCAAGUAAAGUCUAGCUACAUGGGUUCCUCACACGUGCAUUGAAAUCCAAGACGUUUAAUAUUUAUGAUACUUUUUUUGUUCAUUUUUUUUUUUUUUUUUUACUUCUUUUAUUCCCCUUUCCCAAGAAAUAUUUUUUUAUAAUUUUUUUUUUGUGGACAACAGACCAGAACGUACAAAUUUUGUGGCUGGAUAAAACAAAAUUCUACUUCUGUGAAAACUCCCACAUCCCCAAGUAAAAUCUAGCUACAUUGGUUCCUCACCCGUUCAUUGAAAUUCAAGACUUUUUAUUUUUUUGAUACUUUUUUUUUUCCUUUUUUUUUUUUUUUUUUACCUCUCUAAUGCCCACUUCACAAGGAACAUUUUUUGGUAAAUUUGAUGCUGAGGACACCAGACCCUUUACUAAGGACAUGUUUUUAUACUCAUUAGACAUGGCUGGAACUGGAAGGAGAUCUUUAGAGUUUCAUGGAAUUGGACACAUGGAUACUGUAGAGACAGGAACAUUCUGAAGUUUAAGUGCAAGUCAGUUCAGAAUUAUUUGAUCAUUAUUUAUAAGACUUAUAUUUAUUGGAAUCAUACUACAUAAAAAGUGUUCAUGUUAGUAUGUAUGUACAGUCAACUCUCUCAAAGACGGACAUCUUUUGGACUGACACUUCUGUCUGUCCUGGAGAGAGUUAAUAAAGGGAGUAAAGAAAGGCUUGGACCAUUCUAGGUGUCUGAUUUACAGUCUUGUCCAUCUUGUAGAGGUGUACGUUAAGAGAGAGUCAACUGUACUAUUUCAAUCUCUUUUUCUUUUUAUCCAUGCUGCUGAGUGUGCAUGAUUGUGUCGAUUAAGGAAGUGAAGCUAUUGCUGUUGUAACUGUGUACAAUUUAAGAUUAACCCUAUGAACUGUGAACUUAUAUUUGCAUCAAGUAAUUAUUGUAAACUACAGCCAUAUCUCUAAAUAUGGUAAUAAAUGAUAAACAUUUGCCUCUGAAACAGGAAUGAAUUAAGGUAAUUCCCUUGAAAAUGGUGGCACUAGCCAGCGUUUUUUCAAAUUUUCCACAAUUGGAAGUCGUAUCCCACACAAAACCAGCAGAUCUGUUUUACGAAAAAAAAGUCUAACUGCACACUAUUUUAUCGUUUGCAAAGUCUGUUUUCAGUCUGUAGCAGAUGCUACUGCCUUCAUCAUCCUCAAAGAUGUGUUCCUGCAGAUGAUAAACAGAUGAAAAAGAGAUCUGCACGUGGUCUGUAAAGUCUACAGAGUCUGCAAGCCAUCUUAAGCGCAUGUGUUCAUCAAUUUGAAACAACUAAGACUCCCCGGCCAGGCCCAUUCGCUGUUUUGUCAAUAAAUUUAAACAUUAGCUACAUCCAGUUUAUUAUAAAAAAAAUCAGAAAAUUACGAUACUUUCAUUUUGUUUUAUUCACUCUCAAGACUAUGUACAUGUAUGUAGUUUUUCAAAGUACAUUCUGCCGGUAAAUCAUGUGAGUUCCAUAACUGUUAACAUCACUGAGUACUUACCAGUUUUACACAGCAACAUUGAAUGAACACCAUGUGCCUCAUCCUUCAUUACAGUUAAACUUAACUCAAAAUAGUCAUCAUAAUCAUUAUAACAAUCUGGACUACAUAAAGGGGCCCUCACACCUCUUUUUAGACAAAUGUUGAAAAUCACUGCCACCUUUGAUGUGGCAAUGUUAUAUAAUAUGCAGUAGGUGAAGCGCAGUACAAAACAACGGAAUUACUUUAAUAAUGUUGUCAAGUUAUACCAGUUAGUAGAUACCCAAUUUGAGCAAUAUGUCAAUUUAUUUUUGUACGAAUGUGUAUAUCAUCACUCUUCAAUGAAAGAAUGAUAGCCUCUCCUUAUGUCAGCUGCAACAACCUUGAUCAUAUCUCUGCAUGUUUAAUCUUCAGUCUUAUGCCAUGGAUUCAGCUUGAGAGGUCUAAACAACUAUUUGUUGCACAAGCUGCUGAUGUCAUUGUGUAUCAGAACAGAAGACGCAACAACAAGCAAUCCUCAUGGGAGCCCAUCAAGACCUUCAGGGGUCACCAUGGUGAUGUCAGUAAAUUUGUUAUUGCUGGUGAUCAGUUGGUGACUUGUAGUGUGGAUAAUUCAAUUCGCACAUGGAGCCUACAGACAGCUGAAUGCGAUGGUCUGUUUCAUGGUCAUACUGGUGUUGUACACAGCGUAGACUGUUUUGAUGAUGUGAUUGUGACAGGAUCGAGGGAUAGAACUGUCAAGGUGAUGAUUUCUAUUUACUUAUAUGUAUGUUGUAAAAUUCCUUCCAUUAGUGGUCAGUUUUUUAAAAAACUAAAGAUAUCUCCAAAAUACCUACAUGCUUAAGUGCAAAAAGUAUGAAAGCAAAUAAAUUUUAAAACAAUUCAAAGUGCAACUAACCCCCCAAAAUGUGUUUCGCUUAAGUUUAAACAAUAUCUUAAAAAUUAUUGUCCUUGCCCCAGUUCAACAGGUGGAUAGCGCUAUCUGAUGGAUAAAUCUCUAAUACUUACUUGGUGGAUAGUGAUUUAACCCGGUGGAUAGCGCUAUCGAGCUUUUGAACAACCGGGUCCUGAUGACUUGUGGGAAAUAUUUAUCAAGGUUCGAAAAAUCUCCCCCAUUUCCACGGCUGUUUAAAAUUAUGUCCCUUUACCGCUUUACCGAGCAUUUGUCUACUAUGUGUAAUGCUUUGUCUUUCUAUUUUCUUUAGAAUAAUGUUUGAGUGUGCUUAAAUCACUAUAGGUGUGGUCCCAAGAGAGCAAGUCUUGUGUUCACACUAUUCAUGUCGAGGAUAACAUUUGGUCAGUGUGCAUCAACCCCAGCAUCAGGUACAGUGUACUUUACUCAUUAGUAAUCAUGGUGUUUCUAAAUUGUACCAGUAUCCAUGCUUUCUCACCUCAGGGGCACCCAACAAGAAUAUAGUUCAAAACCAUAGCAUUGUUAAACGUAUUUUAGUUAAAUGGUAGAUAUAGGCAUUUUUUAUCCCCUAAAAAAUUUUUCAUCUGUUCGGAUUUCCUAGCUGAAAGUCUAGUGAUCCAAAAAUUAAAGAGAUCAAAACUUACCUUGUCAAAAAUUUCAGCUUGAAAUAGACUCCCAAAAAUUCUAGGUGACCUUUUUAGGGUAAAAAUCCACUAAAAGGGGGCAAUUAUACCAUUUUUUAGACGUUCAAAAUCUUAGGAGAGGCAGGCAAGCAAGAAAGUUUACAACAAAUGUUCCAAAAAUUCUAGAUCUCAAAUCCUCUUCCGAACAGAUAUUUUCCGCAAAUUGACGUUGGGUGCCCCUGUCACCUGCCCCUCCCCCUCCCUUUUACAGUUCAAGGCUUGCCCUGGGUACUAAAGCAUUGACCGCCAGUGGGCUCAUUUCCUAUGUGAUACUAGUUCAUUGAUGUGCAAAUAAAGUACGAUAUCCAAGAUUGCUGCCAACAGUUUUCUACAGAUAACUCAGAAUUGUGCUGAUUUCUAUAUAAUAUUAAUUGUAACUCACAAAAUAAUAGAUUUCCUCUCCAAUUCAGUAAAUGUUAAUGAAGUUCAUGCACAGUGGAACCUCUAUUCAGGGGACACCCUCAAGACCAAGGGAAGUGUCCCCUGAAGGUGUCCAUUGGAUAGAGGUGUCCCAAUAGAGAGGUUCCGCUGUAAUGUAUAUGUUCUGGUUCAAUUUUAUCCUUGGUUUAAAUUUUCUUUUCUUUUGUCUCAAACUCAUUAUCACACAUUACCAUAUACCCAAAAACAAAAGAAAAGAAAAUUUGAACCAAGAAUAAAAUUGAACCACAACAUAUAUUCUUGAUUAGACGUAACAAGGAGUUGGUCUCCUGUAGUGAAAAGUUGAGUGUAUUUUUCAACUGUGGCUGCCGGAAGACCGUCAGGCCUUGUAAGGGGUAACCAAGUAUUAUGGGAUCACAAAGGAAACAUUGGCAUUAUUAUAUGGUUGUUAUAGUGUGUAUUUUGUUUUAGGUGUGUUGCAAGUGGUGGUAGUGGUCAUAUAAAGGGAGUAUCGCCAUUGCAACUUUGGGAUAUUGAGAGGUAAGGGUGAUGUAUCUUUAGAUGAUCAAUCAGGCCUUGUCACUAAGAUUUCAAGUUGCUGCAUAAACACAACAAGUAGGUGGGGAAUCCAACAGCUAGGGAUUUCUUUUGGUUUUAUUUUUCUUCUAUUUUCUUGUGAAAGUUAGCCGGGGACCAUGUUCAUAGUAGCCAGGGGAAAUCCCCAGCCCCUGGCUCUUAAGGACAGCCCCGACUAAUAUUUGAACAUUACGUUAUUUUAAUUGGUCAAAUUUGAUAAUAUUAUACUUGGGCAUAGUCUCUUUGUUUUGUUCUUACAAAAAGCAGCUGCUGUACAAAUAAGUAAACAUAACUGUCAUUCCAGUCAGGAGUUAUGUCUGUUACUUCCACUGGAAAAUUCUUCUUACCACAGUCAACUCUAUUUACGAUGGACACCUAUGGUACCAGCACCAAGUGUCCAUCAUAGAGAGGUGUCUGUUAAGAGAGAAUCAGUACUAACAUGUAUGUUCUCUGGCAUUGUACUUGCAGUGGAAAACUGAUGACCAGUCUGGUCUCUGAUGUAACUAAACUAGGAGCUGGUGUUCGCGGAAUGAAGUGGGAAUCACCGCACACUCUCCUGUCCUGUGGCUAUGAUACCAAUAUCAGGCUUUGGGACAUAAGGCUAAAUAAUUAUAGGUGAAACAUUCUCUUCUUCAAGUUGCUAAUUUCUCAUAAUAAUAUUAUUUUAUUGAUUAAUCUAAUGAGACAAAGAAAGUCAUUGGUUGGUGUUUCAAUUGCAAGAGAAGACCCCCUUGAAUUAAUGUUGCCUUGUGAUCUGGGGCCCAUUUCUCAAAAGUCCCGUAAACUACAAUUAUCUCAGUCCCAAAGCCAAAUAUUUCAGUAAAAAUCUCAAGGAUAAAAAGUGCGAAACGUAGCUAACAAACCAGUCCAAUUUCUUUUUGAUUAAUAACUGAUAGUUUUAUCAUAAUUUCUGAAAAAGUUGGAAACCUCAAGUUUUUGGGAAAGCCUCAAAGCGGCAAAGUAAGAUUUACUCAGUCAGAGUUUGGAAUACUCUGUGCACUGCAUAACCUUAGCAAAAGAAAGAAAAAAAGGAAAAAGCUAACUCUAGGGUCACAUUUUACAAUGUCACGAGGUCCAUGAGCUUAUGAGUCAUGUUUAGCCUGUCAACUCUUUAUCUCCAGUCAGUGUGUGUGCACACUUUCCUGGCAUUUAAUUUGCAGCAACUAUUUUUUAUUUUCAGCAACUUUAUUUUUAAUCUGCAGUUACUUUUGGGGUUCAUAAAAAAAAAAAAUCGCAACCACUUUUCAAGGACCACCUACCAGGAAUUUAAUUUCACAGAUUGCACAAAAAUGCACUUUGUCAGUCCAUUCUAACAGGACUUUAAGGCUUAAACUGUUUGCUCCUCCAACUUCUCCAAAGUUUUCAGUUCACUCAUCUUAGGUUAUUAUUGCAUAAAACAAAAGAGGCUUUCUGUAUUAAUUUUAUCACCUUUAACUUCUCUUCGCUACGAUUUAUAUUCUGUCUUGGACAAGCAAAAAGCAUUAAAAAUACUUUCCAGGCCACUAGAUUCAAAGUUGAAGAAAAUUCAAGGAGUUUUCAAAAGCUUGCACUGAAAUGUAAGGCCUUAAAGGAAAAAAUGAAAUUCAAGGACUUUAAUUUUCCAGGAUGUCCCCUAAAAUUCAAGGACUUCAAGAAUGUGCAAACCCUGACUUUUUUAUUUGGCAUGUCCCCUAUGGGCCACUGUACUAAUAUUUUAAAGUAAAUUUCUGAUGAUGCAAUGAACUCUUUUCAGUGUCUCAUCCUGUGUUUUAAAGUGGGAAGACCCUCAUGAUUCAGUAGUGUACUGCAUUGAUUCUGAUAACAAGUGGAUGGUAAUCAGUGGAACCAACAGAUAUGGAGUGGUAAGUAAUAAAAAUACAUUAGAUUAUACAGUGAAAUCAAAAGGCGUUGCCUCUUCCAUGCAUGAUACCAGGAUGUUUCUGUCUACCAUUUACUGGUAGCCCUGGGAGUAAAGGUACAGUUUCCUUUGUUCCUUGCCAGAACUCUGGGUGUUAGGGUGUGUACAACAAAUAUUAUUUUUUACAAGUUGGUGUGCAGAAUCAUUAAUCUAGAAUUGAAGCAUUGUCACUGUCAUAGACAGCUUAGUUUCUUAAUGUUUGUAUUUUAUAAAGGAUUGGCUAGAAAAAUAAUAUAACAAAUAACAAUUAAUUCAUUAUUAAAAUUGUCAAUUAACUUAAUGUGAAAGAUGAUUUAUUUUAGAGACUGAAUGUAUGAACUUAUGUAACAAUGUAGCAACAAAUUCUGCAGGAUUGUCAGUUUUCUUUUAAUUGCAUUUAACAGUGUUGCAUUAUAAAACCCUAAAAAGGGAAAUUUUAUGCAAAUUAGGAAGUAGUCAGUAGCUCUUUUGAUCUACUGCCUACAUUUUUUGACUCACAUAAGAAUUCAAGUGAAUCUUAUUAGUCUAUAGCUACUGUAGGCACAAAACUAGGGGUAUUAUCACCUCAACAUCACCCAUUUAUUUUAUUUUAUUAUCUCUCUUUGAUUAAAAAGGUACGAAUAUGGGACAAGAGAUUUAGAAAGAAUGUUCAGGUACAAAAUAUACUGGUAUAUAUAUUUUUAUUGAAAAUAUUUCUCUGUUUCCGAUUGGCUCAAAUCGCUCAGCUAAUUCUUUACAACCAGCUAGUUUUGGCCAAAUUUGGAAGAAAUUUGUGAUAUAUCCUAGAAAAAUCCAUGACGACAAUAGCUGCUUGUGCACUGAGGCUAUGUAAUUUGUCGGACAUUGCAGUGCACAGCCUCAUUCAAUAAUAAAUUAUUAUUGAUUAAGGCUGAAUAAUUAUGAUCUGAAGAAUUAUGGAGAUUGAGGAGGGCAUUGUUGGCCGAGGUAAUUUAUUUUAAGUAGUAUUAGUAAUGAUGAUGAUGACAAUGGAAAAUUUAUUUAUCGGCAAAUAUAUUGCUCUUCACUUGUCUGGCACUGAUCUACUCUAACAUACUGAGGAGACAGUUAAUUUGUUGGCAUGAGAAAUGUCUUGUGGAUGAGAUUAGUGGUAUUAUACUACUACAUGAAAAAUUACUGCAAUUUGAUUGGCUUAGAGCAGUGGUAUUUCAGCUUAAUUUGAAAUACCUACAUGUGAAAAUUACAAACCUUUGUGGGUAGUAGUAUAAACAAAUAAUAGCAUGAUCUGUGCAUGAUAUUUGGCAUAAAUACCACUCUAAUAUUUCAAAAUUGUCUCAAAUUUCACUUGCCUAACGACUCGUGAAAUUACGUAUAACAAUUUCCAAAUAUCACUGUGGUAUUUAUGCCAAAUAUCACUACAAGUCAUGCUAUUACCUAUACUAACUUAGUAUUAAUUACAGUGGUUACACGUAAUAUUAGUGGUUACACGUAAAAAAAUACAUGUAAUUGUAAAAAGUGGUUUCAUGUUUCAAAUUGCAGAUGUACUAUGCUGGGAUGAACUCUUUAAGUCCUGUAUACUCACUGGCAUUUAACAGAACAUCUCUAUUUGUUGCUUUAGCCAGUGGAGUUAGAGUCUUAGAUUUCAGAGUGUAAGUCUUGUGUGAGUAUGAUAGAUGUGUUUGUUUGUAUUGCCUAGAGAACUUUUCAAUUAUUGCCUGCCAAAACUAGAUCAGUUUGAUUAUGGAGGGACUGUGGAUUUAGCCAAACAUUAUCCCCAUGAUUUUUCUCUAAUGAAUUAAAUUAUAAGUCAACCUUGGCAUAUCCACAUACCUUUCCUCCCUUUUUUCAGUUUCGUUUGAUAUUACUUAGAGUUCUGAUUGGUACUGACAAAAAUGAGUUUUGACCUUUCUAUGUGGUGUUUUUAUGGUAUCUCAAGGCUGUUUGGUAAAGAAAAUUGAAGGGAUCCUGUCCAGCGUAUUAUUUCUGUAAAAAAUAACUGAGAUUUUCUAGUUACCUGGGAGCAAGCGUUAGGUACCAGCAGCCACUGGGUACUGCCAGCAAAGCACAGCAGAGCUUCGUAACUAAUCUUAACUGCAUUUACUAUAAAUUGUAUGCAGUAAAUUAUUUUCUCCAAAUAAAAUGUGUGACCUGUUACCUAUAAGACCUCCUGCAAUCUGAACCUCAUUUUAAGAAAGUGACCACCUCUGGAGGUGAGUGUUGUCACAUGCAUGCCCUAUGGUGUGUACAAAUCAUUCUUUGCAAACUCUUUUCCUUCCAAUUUUUUUUUUGCUGACUUAGCAGUUUUCAAUCUCAAUGUAUCAUUCCAGAAAAUAUCCAUACCUCCCCCACAGAUGGUCAAUGGAAUAUCUCAGACAGUAUAAACUUUGAGACUGAAGGCCGAAGAUUUCCUAGUCUCCUUUGCAGCCGUACAUUUGUAGUGUCUCGCACAAUGCAUGAUGAUCCUAAAAACGACUGCGAAGGAGACUAUAAAAGAUUCCCCUUAAAAUUUGACGGUUGGUUAUGUUUUGUACUCAAAGACAGCUCUGUAUUCGAAUAUGUACAUGUUCAGAAGUCUGAUGUGAAUAAAUGACAUUUGCAAGGUG